AUGGCGGAAAUGGAACGCCAAGCAAAACUCCCUAGUACAACUACAAGCCCAAGGCUAAAACUGUUCGGCUUCCAUGUGUCUGAGGAUGAGGAUCCGGAGGCUGUCGGAACACCGACCGGCGGGGAUAGGCUAGCCGUCGCAACGAUUGUCCCCAUGGGUGGCAGAGAGGGGAGAAAGUUCGAGUGCCAAUACUGCUGCCGGGAGUUUGCUAACUCACAAGCACUCGGUGGCCACCAGAACGCUCACAAGAAGGAACGACAGCAGCUCAAGCGAGCACAGCUACAAGCUCGUGCCGCCGCGGUCUCCUCCCACGUUUUUCUCGCGGGAUCAACCCCGGCGGCCGCAACCCACGUAGUUUUAUCUCCAGCGGGCAGGUUGGCAUCUGGCGGCGGGAGGAUCUACUAUCCCCGCACCGCAACGGCACCGCUUCACAUCUUUUCUGCAUCUUCACAAGGUCGGGUGAUGCCUGCUGGUUCGGUCGUGCCCUACGUGUACGAGAUGGACGAUACGAUGAUGGUGACGACGGCGCCGCCUUCAGCCAGAGCCGUCGGAAGCACUCCAUCGCUUGUCUUCGGCGGGUUUUCUGCAGCAGGAUUCAUUGUCGGAGGAGAUGGGGGCAACGGAGGCGGCGCCGGCGGCAAGCGAAAUGGCGCAGAUGACGUGUUUGGGGUCGACUUGCACCUAAGCCUCGCGCCUGCCGGCUCGUAA